UGCCGGGCUACCCUGGACCUACUAUUUUGAGAACGGGAAUGCACCACGCUCUCAUACAGAAAGGUAGCCAUGCAGAAAGGAUAGCCUAACCAACCUAAGGCUGCGAGAGAUUCAGUCAUAUUCUCUCUCUAUUUGUUUUGUUUGUUAGGGUACCCCUGAAAAAACAAUGCACGUGUACAACACACACAUCUUUUGUGGUGUCAUAAUACAUCUGCUGUAGUCAGAUUGGCAAAUUGAAUGGGGGAAAGGAAAUUGCGACCACUUGCCAGUAAACGUGUGGAAUGUUUGAGGUGUAUCCAACAAAGACGUAAUAAACCCGAAUCAGAACGUAUGCAAUUCAAACGAAGAUUAUAUUCUGGUUCUAUGGCCUUGCUCUUUAAUUUUUGUCCUUGUCCGCCCAUAUUUUGAUAUUUGACUCCACGAUCAACAUCCUGCAAAUUGCACCAGCCUUGGAUUUGCUGACGUGUCGGCUUCAUCUGCUCAUGCUCGAGCAGAACCAGACAGCCCAACUGCCGACAUGGCUGUAAAUGUAUCUCAUMUAUACGUUUUACUUUUAUUUAUUAAUAAUUUCAUAUCCAAUGCCGCCACKGAAAGGAGAUUCUCCGACUUCAAACGAUGUGCCGACGAGGAAUGCAGUAUGCUCCUGUGCCGGGGGAAAGCAUCAAGUGAUUUCACUGGACCAGACUGUCGGUUCCUGUCUUUUAAAAAAGGAGAGACGGUAUAUGUCUACUAUAAACUCUCAGGCAGAAGGACAGAUAUAUGGGCGGGGUCUGUUGGUAACCGCUUUGGUUACUUCCAUAAAGACCAACUCGCAAUCAAUCACAUAUACACCGAAAAAGAAUUGGAGAUUCCUGCUCAGGAAACUGACUUUGUUUGUUUCGACACCGGACACGAUAAGUUUGACAGUUAUGACAUUGAGUCACUGUUAGUCUCCUCCUUAUUGUUAACGGACCAAGACAAGUCUGUACAAGGAACCACAGAGACUUUAGACCAAAACAAAAGUGCAGAGAGCACCACAGUGGAAGUGGAUGAUCCUCCACCUGAAGUGACUCUGUUAGAAAACGAUGAGAUUGAUAGUGAUGUUCCUGAGGACAUUGAUAAGGUUUUAGAGGAGGUUUUAGAGGAGGUUUUAGAGGAGUUUCCAGAGGAUAAAGAUCCAGGCCAUUUUGAUCCUUUAGAGUCCUCUCUACCUCAGCCUGAAACUGUAAUUGAAACUCUUGAUGCAAAAGGAGUUGAAUCUAACACAGUAGUUGAGCCCACAGCUGAGAGGAUCAAAGAUGACCUUCAGAAAUAUCAGCUGAGGGCCGAGGACUCUGUGCCGGACAGUGUUGUUGAACCAGAGCAAGGUGAGACUAAAGAAAGCCUUUCAGAACCUCUAUCCAAAGAUGAUCCUGAGUUGGAGAAUGCGCCAGAUGGUUUUUCAGAAGGCAGACCUGUCCCUGAGUUGAAAACUACACUUGGAACAACUUUUGAUGCUGUCACCUCCGAUGACGAGGAAACUAGGAAGGUGACUCCAUAUGACGAGGAGGACGAGGGAAGUGAAGAGUUUGAAUAUCAGCAGGAUGAGAAAAGUGAUUAUCAUCUUAGGGAAACUCCAUUGCUGGCUUUUUCUGAAGAACAUUCUAAUUUAGAACACGAAGACAUUCUGGAAUCUGACCAGACAGAUGAGGAAGAGAGUCCACCAGAGACAGCUGAAAAACAGGACUCCAAGGACAAGAACCUGUGGUCUUCAUUAGGUGAUACAGUUUUUAACAUUGUCAGUGGUGGGGAAAGAACAGCUCAUGUUACAGGUUCAGAGGAAGAGGACGACGAGGAUGACGAAGGUGAGAUUGCACCAGAGGAGCCUCCCAAAAUUGAAGAACCCAAGGAGAAUAUACAGCUGCUAGUCAACGACCCAAAGCAGGAGCCAGAGGUAACAGAACAGCCACAUGAGGUCAUCUUUGAGGAACCUAUAGACUCUGAUUUCCAUGAGGCUGUCAAAAUGCCUGAUGUGGAUUCCCAGACUUUGCAGUUGGAGAUGAACCUGAAGAAGGUGACAUUGAACCUUCAAUACCGCCUGCUGAUGAGAGCAGAGAAUCUUACAGUAAAUGAAAGCACAGUCCCUAAACACGUCUCACAGACCAGCCUGCUCUCAGACUUUGAUAGUAAAACUAACGUAUCAGAGCAGAAACAAGCUAUUGAACUCCCUAUACAAAAAGAGUCAAGAGAUUUCUCACAAGUAGAGAAUAAAUUGAAACKGGGUGGUACAGAGCUUUUCAGACGAUUUAGAGGACCUAACGUCCCAGAUCCAACUAAAAACACAAUGGUUAAAGAGAGGCAUGAAGAACUCCCUGUAGACAAGGAGGAUUUGAUAGACCCAGAGAACUUGGAMAUUGAAGAAGAAUUGCUAGAGGAUGAAAAUGCAGCAUUGUCUUCUUCAUCCAAAACCGAGCACACUGAUAAGGACAAAGAAAGUAGAUCGGAAUUUGGGUCAGAGCAAUCCAAUAAUGCUACAGAAACCGAGGUUGUAUCUAGUGAUGAGUUGGAUGUUGUCCAAAUUGAGGAGGCUAUUGACAUAGAACCUGAGGAGCAUGACAUAGAAGAUUCAGAAAGCGCAGGCUUGGAUCAAACACAUACACCCUCACUUGAAGACAAAGUUCCGGAUCCCAUUUCAGGCCAAGAGCCAGAAUACAGUGAUAAUGUGUUGAGGCUGACGCUACUGCGCUACCACUUCAAGGAAGAGGAUAUGGAGCGCUUCCAGAAGAUUCUGGGUCUUCAGAACCUCUUCAGGGUGGAGUUAUUGUUCUCUGACCUGGAGCAGGAGCUGAAUGCUGCUCUGAUGUCACAGACAAACACCAGUGAGGACAUUGAAAAGGUGCUGGAGGCCAUUUUGGAGGCCUCUGAGACCCCAAUCCUGGAUGAGAUUGAGAGGAUGCUGGAUGCCCGGGAGAAUGCUGACGGACAGCAGGAGACUGGUGAGUUUGAUGAGGAAGCCACCAUCUUGGACAACUUCCAAGAGUUGGCGUUCACCCUGCAUCAGAAGUACUCAACGACCAGCGACAGUGCUCCCUUGGAAGAGAGCAGUCAACUACACCCUGACACCGAAGAUGGGGACGUGUCUGAUGCAGAGGAAGAAAAGACGUUCCCGCACUCUGUGGGGGACAUAAACGAGGACAACCUCACUGUGACGGAGACGAGUGAAGAGACUAAGGCACCUGAGGAGAAGCCUGACCAUGAAGGCCACAACAGACCAGAUCUGGAUAUUGGUCUAGAGGAGGAUGUGGGGCAUUUUAACAGAAACCAAGACAAUCAGCCAGAAGAAAUCCAGAGGGGCCCUCAAGCUAUUUUGGAAAAUACCUUGGACAUGGGACUUGUUGACAUGGAGCACCCUUCCUCAGGCUCUUUGGAGUCGCCUCCUGUUUCUGAUUUCCAGGAAGAGGAGCAGAAUGGUUCAUCAUUCGUAUCGGUGUUAAUUUUCUCUGGUAGUCUAGUCACCCUGGUUUAUGAGUACCUUGGAAUAUAUGCUGUUAUGAUGGUCACCUGCCUGCCAGAGGAAUGGAAGCCAGGUCCGGACUUUUACGGCGUGUCCUGGGAACCCGUCCUGGCCACUGCAGGCGCCGGGGUCAUCGGCUUCCUCUUCCUCUUUUGGAAGAGCGUUUUAUCUGUCAAAAGGAAGUCCUAUCUAACUACUGAAAAAGAGAUGGCAGACAGGAUGAAAGCAUUUGAACAAGAGAAGGAGGAGAUACUCCUAAAGGUUGCUGAACUGAAACAACAGGGUGAAGAACUCAAAGAAAAGAAAAAGCUGUCUGAGAAAUCUGCCACCUCAUCUCUGGAAAAGAUCCAAGAAUUAAAAAAUCUUGUGCAAGAGAUGGAGAGACAAAAUGAGUGCCUGGAUGAGGAAAAGAACUUGCUCGCCAGAUCCUUUGACGAAGAGCGGACAAAGACGGCGAAACAUCAAGAUAUGAUGUCAGAAAUGGACAAAACUAUUGAGAAGUUGAAGCGGAGCAGAAAGAAGACUCAGGAGGCUCUCUCAAAGGCUACCGUUCUGAUGGAAGAAGCCAAGCUCCGCGAAGAUGCACGGAACGUCCAGCACCAGGUUCUGGAGAAGGAUAUCGCCACCCUGAGAGAGGAGAACAUCUCGCUGCACCACGCUGCCAAUUCGUGGGAGGAGAAGCACAGGGAGUUGAGCGAGCAGAUCAAAGUCUACCAGAAGUCCCAGAAAGACCUGGAGGACUCCCUUGCUCAGAAGGACCACAACGUUGAGGUUUUGUCUGACCUCCUGAGAGACCUCGAGGCCUGCGACGACCUAAAAGGAGGCGUCGUGGCUAACGGGGAAGCCGCUAACGACAAGCAGACCGUCAUCCGAAACCGCAUUAAGCAAAUGAUGGAUGUCACUCGGGUCCAGACCACUCUGUCUGUCGUGGAGGAAGAGCGRGAUCGCUUCAUGACCAAGCUGCUGAACGAAGAGAAAGCCAGGAAAGAGCUGGAAGAACAAUARCAGAAGCUGGAGCAUGACAUCUUGUUGGUGAAAAGUGAUAAGAACCACCUGGAGAACCAGUACAAGACCCUGCAGCAGAAGAACGAGAUCAUUACAGAGAUGUACCAGCAGAAGGAGAACGCCUUGCAGCAGAAGRUAACCAAGGAGGAGUUUGAGCGUCGCAACAACGAGGACAGGCUGACUGAGGUCGACGGCAAGGCCCUAGAGGCCGAGGAGGAGGUCAAGGUGUGCAGGCAGCGUAUCAAGGAGAUCCAGGAUGAGCUGAAACAGACUGAAAAGUCCUACAAAGCCCAGAUCAUUGAGCAGGAGCAGAAAUCCCAUGAGAACUGGGUUAUUGCACGCGCCGCAGAGCGAGCUCUGUUGGACGAGAAAAAGGAAUCAACUAACCUCCGUAUCAAACUGACGGAGAUGUCCAGCAAGCUGAAUGAGCUCCGUAGGCCUCUAUUCAAACCCACCCCUGGGAUGGCUCCCAUGCCUCUCCGACGAGGUGACUCGUACGGGCCCUCGCCCGUGAGCGGAGGUGCCCCGUCCCCCCCUCUCAUGAUGGAGGGUCCUGGGCGACCCCCCUCUGCCCCUGUGGGGAGAAGGAACGAGCCCUACGGACCGCGACCUCCAUCUGACCCUCACGGUCGUUACCCCCCUGACCACAAACACCCAGUGGCUGCUAGACCUGACACCAUUGCACCACGUACAUCCUCUCCAAGCAGUCUGGACAGCUCGCAGACCGCUCCACCACAGUCACAGGCUGAGGCCCAGGCCUCCACAGAGAACCCAGAGGCAAACUCAGGACCUCGGGGCCCUGGCUCCCUCCUGGUCUCUCCUAUCAGCUCCCCCCCCGACUCAGGCCCCGGCCCCCUCAGACCAGUUAUCAGCCAUCCCUCCGGACUCUGCUACCGUCCUCCUCCUGGGCCCCACCACAUCCCUCCUCCCCCACCCUUCAUGCCUCCCAUGUACCGACCAGCCAACGGACCUAACGGACAGCCAGGCAUGAUGCCUCCCGGACCCCCACCACCUAAUGGACACCCACCUGGUCCCAUGAUGCCACCCGGACAGCGGCCUCCACCUCCUGGUGCCUACGGCCCCCCACACCACCGGGGCCCUCCUCCACCUCACUAUGGACCAGUGCCUCCCCCAUUCGGUGUUCGCGGCGGCCCCCCUAUGGCCCGACCCAUGGGACCACCACGUCCCUACAUGCACUACGGACCACGUGAUCACUCCAUCCCACCCCAGCACCUGCCCCCAGGAGCGGCCCCAUACCCUCCUCACGGCGGCCCCAGAGACUUCCCCGGGCAGCCCCCCAUGCAGCAGGCCCCCCAUGGGCAUGACUCGUCUGUGGGUCCCCAGGGGCAAGACUACAGCUCCCAGCAGGCAGCAGCUACCACCCAGCCCCAGGACUCAGUCAGCUCCUCCAUGGCAGAGCCUUAGACACCCACCAACUAUGUCAGAGGGCUUGGAUACCACCUGCUACCAUUAACAAACCCAGCUAUGUCUAAUCYACCACGAUUUCUCUUUAUUUUUCCCUUUUCCUUUAGAUUUAAUUUGGAUAGAUAUAUUAGUGCCAGUCAAAAGUUUGGUCACCUACUCAUUCAAGGGUUUCUUUAUUUMUACUAUUUUCUACAUUGUAGAAUAG